CGGACAGUUGCCUUCUCCGCGAUCCACCAAAGGCUGUGCGAGCUGCUACCAAGAACAAGACCGAGGUCUUUACUGUCGCGUUCUAUCCAGUUUCAGACAUUGCGACGACUCGAGUGUUAGACGCCUGACAACGAUCGACCGUCCGUUUCGCUGGCGCCCAAUCAACCACAACCAAGGAUACCCUCCAUCAAGUACCUACUCACGCGGCCUACCGCCUAUCUAGCGACCUCCUGACCUUAUGAUCUGUACACAAUAGUCAAACCCGCUGCCUCACAUCCUUUCCACGCUUCUACCUUGCGCAAACUCCCUGCCUGGGUGAAGGCAAUAGACUGCCGUCAUGUUGGAAGGACUCGUGUCGAACCUGCUCAACAGGUUCUUGGGCAUGUACGUCCAGAACUUUGAUCCAAAGCAGCUGAAUGUCGGAAUCUGGUCCGGCGAUGUCAAACUACGAGAUCUCGAGCUUCGCCGGGAAGCUCUCGACCAACUCCACCUCCCCAUCAACGUUGUCGAAGGCCAUCUGGGCUCUCUCACCCUCUCGAUCCCAUGGUCCAACCUGCGCGGCAAACCCGUACAAGUCAAGAUUGAGGACGUAUACCUGCUGGCUGCUCCAAGAGAAGAUGAAGACUACAACCCCGAAGAUCAAGAUAAGCGCGACCACGCUGUCAAGAUGGAGAAGCUCGACAGUGCGGAGCUGCUAAAAGAGAGGAGUGCAGAGGGCAUGAGCCAAGAAGAGGAGCAAAAGAAUCAGAGCUUCACUGCCAGUCUUGUCGCAGCUAUCGUGGACAAUCUACAGAUUUCGGUCAAGAAUGUUCAUAUUCGCUACGAAGACUCCAUCUCAGACCCCGGCCACCCCUUCGCUGCUGGGCUCACUUUGCAGGAGCUGAGUGCUGUCAGUACAGAUGAAAACUGGAAACCAACAUUCAUACAGAGCACUUCGGCUGGUUCGACUCACAAGCUAGCCACUCUCGGCGCCCUCGCUGUCUACUGGGACACUGAUGCCAAGUUGCUGGGCUCUGGCAAGGGUUCUCAGACCGCAGAAGAGCAAGGAAUAGACCAUACUACAAUUAUCGACAAGUUCAGAGACAUGAUUGCAAAGAAGGACGAUACUGACUUCGGAUCACAUCAAUACAUACUCAAGCCAGUCACUGGUCGUGCUGGUCUCGAAAUUGACAAGACUGGGAAGCUCGACCGUCCCAAGAUGAAGGCUCGUCUUCUGUUCAACGAACUUGGCUUCGUGAUUGACGACGAUCAAUAUCGCGAUGCCUUAAUGUUGGUAGAUCUCUUCCACUAUUUUAUUCGACACCAAGAGUACCGCAAGUUCCAGCCCAAGUCAUCACCGAAGGAAGACCCGCGAGCUUGGCUUAAAUUCGCUACCAAGUCCGUCCACGAUAAGAUUCAUGAACGCAAUCGCCGUUGGACUUGGGCAUACUUCAAGGAACGUCGUGACGAUCGUAUCAAAUACAUCAGUCUCUUCAAAAAGAAGAAGAAGGAAGAAAAGCUUGUUCCCGAAGAGGCGACUGACCUUGAUUCACUUGAACGUAAACUGACCUACGAAGACCUGCGCUUUUGGAGAUCUCUUGCUCGAAAUCAGUUGCGCAAGGAGAAUGUUGGCGUCAAAAAGGCCCCUGCAAAACAGACAUGGUCGUCCUGGGUUUGGGGAAGCAAGAAGACUGAAGAGCAUCCAGGUGACGAGACUCAAUUGACGGAAGAGCAGCGCAAGGAGUUGUAUGACGCAAUCGACUUCGACGAGAAGAAACAGAUUGCAGACGCCGUUGAUAUGCCAAAAGAGGCUGUCAAAUUGCAAGUCGACAUGAGCCUCCGGGAAGGCAGUUUCACUCUUAAACGUGAUCCUCACGGCAAGGCUACCGAAAUGCUUCGGCUCAUUUUCCAGGGCUUCGAUACCAAAUUCUUGCAGCGUACUGAUUCAAUGUUGGCCGAAGUCAGUCUCGAGACUAUGAAGCUCUUUGAUGGUACCACCGAGGGAAAUUUGUUCCCCCAGAUGCUGAACAUCAAGAACUCGAUACCGGACGACAAAAGAGUUGAAGAAAUCAAGGAUGACGAAGUUGCAGACGAAGACGACGAACCGCCUGUAGAUCCAUUUUUUGCUUUGACCUUCGAGAACAACCCUCUUGAUGGUCAUGCUGAUACUGAUCUGACUGUGAAACUCAAAGCCAUGGAGUUUGUCUACAACCCCAAGUUUGUUGUUGAAGUCGCCAACUUCUUCAAGCCACCAGAGCGCCACAUGGAGUCAAUAGGCGCCUUGAUGGAAUCUGCCGGUGCUACUGUCGAGGGUCUCAGACAACAAACUCGUGCAGGUCUCGAGUACGCUCUUCAAGAACACAAGACUGUCGACGCCAAGCUCGAUUUGCAAGCUCCUCUCAUCAUCAUUCCUGACUCUGUUACAAAGAAAGAAUCUCUCUGCAUGAUCCUUGAUGCCGGUCAUAUUAGUGUUCGUAGCGAGCUGAUUGAUAAGGACACAUUGAACGAGGUGCAGUCAAAGCAAAAGCAACAGUAUACCGAUGAAGACUUCAAACGCCUUGAGCAGUUGAUGUAUGACAAGUUCCUUGUCAAGUUACAGUCGACCCAACUAUUGCUUGGACCCUCAAUCGAAGAGACCAAGAAGCAGCUCGACGCUAACAACACAUCGCGACAUUUGCACAUUGUUGACCGAAUCAACAUCGACUUUACAGUCGAGACAUGCAUCGUCCCCAAGGCUUCUGGUCUGACCAAGUUUAGAGUCGGUGGUCACUUGCCCGUGCUGCACGCUUCCAUCUCCGAUUCGAAAUACAAAAGCUUGAUGAAGCUGAUUGACGUUGCGAUUCCCAAGUUCGGAUCAGACGAAGACAAACCGCAGAAGACUGUCCAAGCCACACAAAAGCAUACACAGCGACCUAGACAAAAGAGUGUCGUGGAUCUAGAUGUCAUAGGGAGACCAAGAUCCAAGUCUUUCCAGUUUUCCGCUCAAAAGCAUGAACUUGUGAUGGAGGAAGAAACCGACAACGAAGAUGAAGAGUUCAAGGAAGCUAAAGAGUCUACCAAGGAACCUACAAAAGAUGUCGAUCAACGUAACUUCGAAUUCAAGUUCAAGGUUGACAAGCUUCAAGGUUCGCUUUAUCGCUCGGAUCCAGAUGGCAAGAGAAAGGACCAGUUGCUUGUUGAUCUUAUUGCCGAGAACUUCGAUUUGCUCUUCUUCCAACGUCAGUUCGAUAUGGUAGCCGAGGUCAGUCUGCGCACUCUUGCAGUUGAGGAUCAUGUGGAGGAAAAUCCGUCACCAGAGUUCAGAAACCUGAUCUCGUCCGAAGACACAGACACCAACGAGAAGCAAGAUCUGUUCUCGCUGAAGUUUGUCAAGGUCAAUCCUGAACACCCGGAAUUCAUGUCAACGUUCGAAGGAAUCGCGACCAAUCUCGACGUGGCGGUAUCAACGAUCAAUCUGCUUGUAACUCGCAAGACUCUUCUGACAUUGCUCGAUUUUGUCAUGGUGACGUUCACUAACCCUGGAGAGGCCCAAGCCAACCAGUCACAAAUGGUGGAGUCAUCCGAAGUUGAGGAGAUUAGUGCGCAGCCAGCAGGUGACAAAAUCCGUAUCAAGGCCGAGCUGAAGCGUAUUGCCAUAAUCCUCAAUAACGAUGGGAUUCGUCUUGCUACACUCAGUUUGACAUCUGCUGAAGUUGCUGUUUUCCUCAUGGGCAAGACUAUGAGAGUUGGUGCCAGACUGGGCAACCUGUCUUUGCUCGAUGAUGUCAACCAAGGCGUCUCCGAGAAGUCGUCACUACGCCAAUUGGUCUCAAUCCAGGGCGAUGAGCUUGCCGAUUUCCGCUACGAAACCUUCGAUGCAACUACGGAGGCAUACCCAGGAUAUGACACUUCUAUCUAUCUCAGAUCCGGCUCUCUCAAGGUCAACUUUGUCACUGAGCCAUUCCGCAAGAUUAUGGAAUUCGGUGUCAAGUUCGGCAAGAUGCAGGCUAUCAUGAACGCUGCCAGACAGGCUGCUGCCAAUCAGGCCAACAGCAUUCAAGAGCGCGCAAGCAAGAUGCACUUCGAUAUUCGCAUCAAAACUCCGAUCAUUGCCUUCCCUCGCAUGGUCAUUACAGACUCUCCAGGACGGGAUGUUCUCACGGCUUACUUAGGAGAACUCUAUGCCAGCAACGAAUUCCUCCCGUUGGAUGACUCUAAGGACUCUGAUACUGCCAACAAACUCACAGCCGGUGUACAUAACACUCGAUUGACUUCGACGUUCAAUUACGCUGAUGAUAGAAUGGAAGAACUCGAUCUCAUUGACAAGGUUGAUCUCGACUUCAGGAUCACAAGCGCAGAGCACAAAGCAGGGUACAAACGACCCGAUACAGAGAUUGAAGGAUCAAUGUCGAAUGUCAAUCUGCGUGUUACAGAGGCACAGCUCAAGUUUAUCCUCGAGCUCUCUAAAUCCAUUCCUGAAGCUUUCGCUACAGAUGACGAGAUUGAAGAACAUGUCAAGGAGGAGCUGCCCGCGUCCACGGUUCAAGACGCCAAAUCAAUAACUGGCGACUCUAACAAACAAGACGAGCAACCUCAGUCUCCCACCCAUUUGGGUCCCGAGAUUGGAUCAGAUGAUGACACCUGGACCAAGCUUGAUCUUGUCUUCAAGGUCGGUACAAUCGGCCUUGAACUCAUAUCAAGCAAGCCUGAUAAGCCCGUUGAAGAUCUUGCAGCCUGUAGUCUGUCCAAGUUCUCGCUCAACGAGACUCAUGUGAAGCUGCGCAUGGUCAGCGAUGGAUCGCUCGAGUCUGAGCUUCUAGUUCAAUCAUUCACAAUAACCGACACUCGUACACAUGAGAAGAACAAGUUUAGGAAGAUCAUGUCUCUUAUCAACACUGAUGUCAAACAACAAUUCAUGGCAAGCGUCUCCAUUUCUGGAGGCAAGGAGCGCAACUUGAUUGCCCUCUUGACCAUUGAUAGCCCAAGGAUCAUUUUGGCAUUAGACUAUCUCUUUGCCAUUCAAAAAUUUAUCAAUGCUAGUCUGGCGACAGAUGAGCCUCUUGUCAUCUCGGAUGAAGACGAAUCUUCGAUCGGAGACGAGGAUGCAGUAAGCAUGUCUACUGGCACUGACAUUGCGGUCGAACAGCAGGCCGACCCCAGCUCUGCCAAUGGCUCGAGCCCUAUGGGCAUAUCGUUCCGUGUCAAUAUUGUUGACGCACAGAUCAUCCUCAUCGCCAACCCUGCCAUCACCAACUCUGAAGCCAUUGUGCUUGGGAGCAAGCAGAUCCUUGUAUCGCAGCAACACGUCACUGCUCUUCAAGUCGACAAGCUUGGCAUGUUCCUUUGCCGUAUGGACAAGUUCGAAACUUCCCAGCUUCGGAUCCUUGAUGAUUUCAGUGUUCAGACCUCCGUUGACAUGCGGUCGGAAAACAAGCAAGCUCAACUGAUGAGCAUCAUGGUUGAAAUUGAACCUCUGGUGCUUCGCUUGUCCUUGCGCGAUAUUCUUUUGGCCAUGCAAAUCGUCAAUAAGGCCUCUGCGAUGUCUGCAGAUGACGAUAACCAGGAGCUUGCCAAGGAAGGUCCCUCUAAGAUCGAUCAGCUGAAGGCUCCCUCAACCAGGCCAAAGUCUGGGCGGGCACCAUCAUCAGCGCAAAAGCCUAGAGCCAACACUAUUGCUACUAAAAAAUCCCACACCACUACCGCGCCUAAGGCACCUGCCGAGCCACAAGGGUCGGCAAUGCUGAAGAGAGAAGAGAUGAAAAUCAAUCUUCAGGGCAUUCGAGUGGUUCUUAUCGGCGACCUUCAUGAGCUGCCAAUGCUCGAUUGGAGUGUCAAGAACUUUGCUGUAGAAGUGCGUGAUUGGAGUGGCGCCAUGACAGCAGACACUAGCAUCGAGACAUUCUUCAACGUCUACAACUUCUCAAAGUCGGCUUGGGAACCUCUUGUCGAGCCAUGGUCACUUGGAUUCCAUAUGGCGAAGAGCUUGAACCCCGAGAAGCUCGCACUAGAGCUUUACUCGCGUAAAUCUUUAGAGCUGACCAUGACCUCGUCUACGAUCGCAUUGGCCUCCAAGUCAGCCCAGUUCUUGUCGAAUGAUGAGGACAUCUUGUCCAAGCCUAGAGGAACUGACGCUCCUUAUCGCAUCCGCAACCAGACCGGCUUCGACCUUAAUGUUUGGGCCCAAACAGAGAACAAUCAAGAAGGCGCCGCAGAGAAAUUGAGUGAUGGAGAGGAGGCUCCCUGGCGCUUUGAAGAUCCGAGCACGACAAGAGAAACGCUGUCUCCAGAAGGCGCUACUGGCAUUGUCGGCAUCAAGCUAGAAGGCAGUGGGUUCAACAGUAUUGAGCGCAUUCCUGUUAGCCGUGAGGGCGAAACUCUCUACAACCUCCAGCCACGCAAAGACAAAGUACAGCAUCGUAUAUUGGUUGAUGUGAAACUUGGAGCAGACAAUGUCAAGUACAUCACGUUCCGAUCGCCUUUGUUGGUUGAGAACAACACACAGAUACCUAUCGAGGUCGGUGUGUAUAGUCCAGAUGAGGGCCAUUUGCUCAAGAUCGAGAAGGUUGCACCGGGUGAUGCACGAUCCGCACCCGUUGGUGCUGCCUUCAUGCAUUCGCUGGUCAUUCGCCCAGACCAAGGAUUUGGUUACACUUGGUCAAACGAACGUCUGUUCUGGAAAGACUUACUAAAGCGUCCCACACGAACUAUCACUUGCGAAGGAGAGCAGCAAGAUUCGUCUCCGCCUUUCUACUUCCAGAUGCAGGCCGUGUACGACAAGAACAAUCCCAUCUCCGCAAUCUAUCCUUACAUGCGCAUUCGACUCUCCGCCCCGGUCGAGAUUCAAAACUUGUUGCCGUUUGACUUCAAGUACCGCAUCUACGACAAGAACACCAAAAAGGACUGGACGAACUUCUUACGCAAAGGUGGCGUCAGUCCUGUUCACGUUGUUGAGCUGUCACAUCUACUGUUGAUGAGUGUUGACAUGCAGGACACCCCUUUCAAGCAAAGCGAAUUCGCCAUCAUCAACUCCACAGGACGUGACGAUUUCCGACGUGAGAAGACCCUUGUUGUAAAGGACAACCAAGACUUGACUUUGAGACUCAAGCUGCACUACUACAAUGUCCCUGAUAGCGGUGGUGCCUUCAAGAUCACUGUCUACAGCCCCUACGUAGUUCUAAACAGAACUGGUCUAGGCCUUGACAUCCGCAGCAAGACCUACUUUGGUGCUGCCAAAUCUGCUGCUGGACAAACCACGUUCAGCAAUUCAGACGAAGCACGCAAAGCAGUUCCAUUUAUGUUCUCUUACCCAACGGACGAUCAGAAGAAUAGAGCGCUCAUCAAAGUUGACGGAUCGACAUGGAGUAAACCAGUCAGUUUUGAAGCUAUUGGAUCCACUACGGACGUUACUGUUGCUGCAGAAUCUGGUCGAUCGGAAAUGCACGUCGGUCUGACAGUUGAAGAAGGUGAGGGCAAAUACAAGCUGACGAAGGUCAUCACCAUUGCGCCCAGAUUCGUGGUGCGCAAUAAGCUAGGAGAAGACCUCAAUAUCAGAGAACCCGGAUCAUCGGAUGUGACGUCUCUGAAGCCACAAGAACUUCAUCCACUGCGAUUCUUGAGACAAUCUGGUGGACAGCAGUUGUGCCUUUGCUUCCCAGGUGUCAAUAACAGUUGGUCGUCUCCCUUCAACAUCGCCAAUGUUGGCAGUGUCCACAUCAAAUUGGCCAAGGCUGGUGAAAGACAGAAACUCAUCAGAGUCGAGAUUUUGAUGGAAGACGCCACUAUCUUCCUUCACAUUAGCCAUGAGACGAAGCACUGGCCAUUCUCUAUCCGCAAUGAAAGUGAUGUUGAGUUCAUUUUCUGGCAAGCCAAUCCGAACGUUGAUGAAGACGAAGACGAGCGCACCUCUGGCUGGAAGCCGAUUCGAUACAGACUGCCUCCACGAAGUAUCAUGCCUUAUGCUUGGGACUAUCCCGCGACCAAGAAUAAGAAUCUUGUGUUGAGCGCCAAGGGUAAGGAGAGACAUGUCAAGCUUGCAGAAAUCGGCAACCUCAUACCAAUGAGAUUGCCUGCAGCCGAAGGGACCAAUCGUCAGAAGAUCAUCGAUCUCAAUGUCGCAGCGGACGGUCCAACUCAGACACUUGUCUUGUCUAACUACAAGCCAUCGAAGAGUCUGUACAAGCAAAAGGGUGGCUCUGCUUCUCAAUCAACUUCGACUGGGUUCGAGGUCAAGGACUUGGAUGACCACGUCACUUUGAGUGCUCAAAUUAGAUUUGCAGGACUUGGCAUUUCACUCAUCAAUCGUCAACUCAAGGAGCUCGUGUAUGUUACACUGCGCGAUAUCGAUCUAUCGUACAAGGACUCGCCGCUGUAUCAGACUGUUUCUUCUACCAUCAAAUGGAUUCAAGUCGACAAUCAGCUCUAUGGAGGCAUUUUCCCGCUCAUUUUCUACCCCAGUGUGGUUCCUAAGACAGGAAAAGAGAUGGAAGCUCAUCCCAUCUUCAAGGCCGCCAUUACACGCGUCAAGGACGAUUCCUAUGGUGUGCUUUACAUCAAGUACUUCACAUUCUUGAUGCAGCAGAUGACUAUAGAAAUCGAUGAAGACUUCAUCUUCGCUAUGCUCGACUUCACCAAGAUACCAGGCGCUUCAUGGUCAGAAGAGAAGGAGGGUCAGCUUUGUGACGAGAAUCUCGACAUCCCAGAGCCCAAACAAGAAGAAGGCGGUCAAGACAUCUACUUCGAGUUGUUGCACCUGCAACCUAUGCAGUUUGAUCUGUCCUUUGUCAGAACCGAGCGUAUCAACGCUGAGGAUACUGGCAGUUCAUCCUCGAAUCCUUUCAUGUUUGCUGUCAAUGUACUCACCAUGUCUAUUGGCAAUGUUAACGAUGCACCUAUUCGUUACAACGCUCUUAUGCUAGAAAAUGCUCGAGUCUCUGUUGGCGCCUUAGUCGCUGCCAUCAAGAGCCACUACGUCCAGGAAUCGCUUCGCCAAGUCCAUAUCGUUCUGGGCUCUGCAGACUUCUUGGGCAACCCAGUUGGUCUCUUCAACAACAUCAGUUCCGGUGUUGCCGACAUCUUCUACGAACCGUAUCAGGGCCUCGUCAUGACCGACAGACCUCAGGACCUUGGUAUCGGAAUUGCCAAGGGUGCUAGCAGCUUCGUGAAAAAGAGUGUCUUCGGUUUCUCUGACAGUAUGGCCAAAUUUACAGGCAGUAUCAGCAAAGGUCUUGCAGCCGCAUCCAUGGACAAGGAGUUCCAAGAUCAGCGCCGCAUGUCUCGUUCUCGUAAUAGACCAAAGCACGCUUUAUACGGUAUCACUUCUGGGGGUAAUGCCUUCGCAAACAGCAUGGCAAGCGGUAUUGGUGGUCUCGCUAGACAUCCGCUGCAAGGUGCUGAGAAGGAGGGCGCUCUUGGCUUUGUUAAGGGUGUAGGGAAGGGAUUCCUUGGUCUGGCCACCAAGCCUGCCAUUGGAGCGUUCGACCUGGCAUCUAACAUGGCUGAGGGUGUUCGCAAUACUACGACCGUAUUUGACCAGGAAGGUCUUGAUCGCGUGCGUCUGACACGUUUCAUUGGUCAAGAUGGCAUCGUGCGACCUUACAGCCAGCGCGAGGCUCUAGGUCAGUUCUGGCUCAAAACCCUUGACAAUGGCAAAUACUUCCACGAAGACUAUCUUGCCCAUAUGGAACUGUCCUCGGGAAGUGGAUCGCAGUCAACUCAAGCACGUACCAAGAGUACAAGUGCCGAGAGUCCACGCAUGGUCAUGCUCACCUACAAUGGUAUCAUGCUGGUGCAAACCAAGAAGCUCGUGACUGAGUGGGACGUUCCUCUCAAGGAUAUCCAAACUAUUGUCAAGGAGCGUACAGGUAUGAGCAUGACGCUCAAGGGAGGAAACAGUGGUCCAUUUGUUCCUGUUGCAGAUGAGCAGAGCCGCAACUGGCUUUAUCGACAAGUUGCGAUUGCUGUCACUGCCUAUAACGACAAGUAUAAUGCCAAGGGUUGAGCAGGACCCAUUGAGGAAUCAUCGUUCCACAGAUUUCAGGUUGGAAAGUAGUUUUAGUCUUUUUCCUAGCAUAGAUAAACCUGUUAAUUGAGCCAAAUGUCACAAUGCUGUAUGGAUACCAAUGCAAUCUUCAGAUCCAGA